AUGGCGGCCAUCUUCGGGAAUUACUCGCAAGCGACAACGUGGGAGCCGGAGCCGACGACGCGAGGGACAUUCGGCAUUCUAUCAUCGUGCCUGGUGACACUGGGCUUGUGCGUUUGGACCGCCGUGCACCUGAACAUCCCAGAACACGGGAAAUCGGCCAAGCAAAAAUAUCGGAAGCUGGGCUGGAUGGGAUUCGCGCUUAUUGACCCCGAGCUGGUCGUCUACACAUCGUGGCGGCAACGCCAGAACGCCAGUCGAAUCCUCCACGAAGCCUGCAAAGCCUUCGGACAACCGCUACCCACGCCAUGGUAUCAGCGACUCGGGUCGUCGCUACUUUCCCUGGUCUGGCACCGACAGCGAAGUAAACCAGACGUCGAGAGCCAAACAUCCAAACCCAAACCUACGCGUCACCCAUGGACAAUGACGCACGGCCACUACGUCGCGAUGGGCGGUCUAGCCGCCGAAUUCACCAUCGCCCCCGGCAUCUCAGAGCGGCUGGUCAUCACGCCAGAUAACUUCUCCGCCUUCGUCGAUCGUCUGGGCCCGGAUUUCCUGCCGAAUCUGUCAGAAGACGAGAUCGCAGACAAGAGCAAAGCAAACGGGCUGGCGAAAACAAUCGUGUGCAUCCAAGCGCUGUGGUUCGGCGUGCAGUGCUUCACGCGCUGGUCGCAGGCGCUGACCAUCUCCCUGCUCGAGCUCAACACGCUCGGCCACACGUAUUCUGCCCUGGCAAUGUACCUGCUGUGGUGGUACAAGCCGCUCGACGUUUCCGAGUCCACCGUCAUCGACGACGAGAACUUCCGGGAACUGGCUGCUGCGUGGAGCCUCCGAACCGGACCUUUUCGCGGCGAACCGCUGCCCAGGUGGCUCCCGCCGCAAUGUUCUUCUUCUUCUUCAGACGAAGAAACCGUCGGGUCGAUAUCACCGUCCACCCUCUUCUCCAACGACGACCGUGACAUCGCCGGCCAAGACGCCUUUGCCGAUGACAACAUCCUCGCGCCCUCGAAAUGGUACUCGGGCUUCCGCUUCUACGGCUUCUCUUCCAACGGGCAGCAGUUCAAGACGCAAUCCUGGCGAGACGAGAAAGACGGCUCCCUCUCCCCGCUCUCCCUCGGCCGGCCGUACGUGGAGAUCAGUCCUCAGGAACGGCUGCGGUGGAAGCUAGCCGCGCGCCGAUACGCCCGGGAAGCCAAUCUCGUAUCUGGCUCAUCAACCUGCCAGUCCGCCGACGACGCCGCAUACCGCGAGCCCGUCGUCCGCCAAGUCGACGACUGGUUCGUCAGCAAGUUCUCGAUCGUCGAGCGCGCCGACGCCGCCAUCGGCAUGAUCCUAGGCGGCUUCAUCUACGGCGGGAUACACGCUUUGGCGUGGGCCGCGCCGUUCCCAUCCGCGAAAGAGCGCGUGCUGUGGCGCAUGGCGAGCGUCGUCGUCAUCGCGUUCGGCCCCGUGUACGUCUCGCUCUGGCACCUGGCGCACAAGGGCAAGACGUCGGUUUCGUUCUUCGCGACGGCGUUUUACCGGUUGAUACUGGCGGCGUACCUGUUCUCGCGGACGUAUCUGGUGGUCGAGUGUUUUAUUCAGCUGGCGCAUCUGCCCAUGUCGGCGUACUACGCUCCGAAUUGGUCGGCGUACUUCCCGCACUUUUGA